UCUUUUGUUUUUAUUUUUUACACCUCUCUUUCUCUCAUCAGGGCCUCGAUCCUUUUCAUAUGAAUAACUCCUUUUUAUGAAAAUUUCCGAAUCGUAAGACCGCCAGCAAAUCCUGCUGCCGGAAAAAAAUUAAUUGAAUUCGGAAAUGACAAACUCGAAUAAUACGGAUCUAUUCGAUUCGUUUUUCAGAAGAGCAGAUUUAGACGGUGAUGGUCAGAUCAGUGGUGCUGAAGCCGUCGGUUUCUUUCAAGGUUCCGGUUUGCCUAAGCACGUCCUUGCUCAGGUGUGGAUGCAUGCUGACCAGAGGAAAGCAGGCUACCUCGGUCGACAAGAGUUCUAUAAUGCACUUAAACUUGUUACUGUGGCACAGAGUAAGCGAGAGUUGACCCCAGAAAUAGUGAAGGCAGCAUUAUAUGGUCCUGCUUCAGCUAAAAUUCCUGCUCCUCAAGUUAACCUAGCAGCAACUCCUGCUCCUAAAGCAUCAGCUCCUGCUCCCCAGCUGGCUGGCACUAUGUCAGCAGCAUCAACAAAUGUUGACAUCAGACCACCACAAGUGCCUGGAAAUGCAGUCACAAACCAGCAGUAUUUUCCAUCCCAGCAAGGCCAAUUUAUGAGGCAACCCGGACCCCAACCCCAAGCUAUGCCUCCUAUUUCUGCUUCCCAUCCACAACAAAUUCUUGUAAGUCAAGGUAUGCCCAGGGGAGGUACCAUGGCUGCUCCUCGGCCUCUGAAUUCAAAUAUCUCAACAGAUUGGCUUGGUGGAAGUGCUGUUGGCCUGACUUCACAAGCUCCUAGUAGAGGGACUAGUCCUACUACAACUCAGGAUGGAUUUGGGCUCAGUGCACCUGGUUUUACGCCCUCUGUUCAACCUAGACCACAGGUUUCUGCUGGGCAGAUGGCAGCCCCUACUUGUAAACCACUAGAAGCAGCCAUCACAUCCAACCAACCUGCAACUAAGGAUUUCAAAUCAGUGGUUGUUUCUGGGAAUGGUUUUGCUUCAGACUCGCAUUUUGGCGAUGUAUUCUCAGCAAUUCCUGCUCAAGCAAAGCAGAGUUCCUUAUCAGCUGCACCUUCUACAAGCAGCAUACCUGUCUCGUCAGCUAUUGUUCCAUCUUCUGUCGGAUCCCAACAUUCACUUAAUUCAAGUUCCCUGGAUUCUUUUCAGAGUACUUUUUCUCAGCUGCUUGUGGGUGGUCAAUCAACAGCAAGACCAAACCAGCAGGUUCCACCUCAAAGUGUCACCUCUGCUCCUUCAACUGGUUUUCCUUCUGGAUCUAGCAAUGCAGCUCUCAGUCAAUCCCAGCCUCCAUGGCCGAGGAUGACUCAAUCUGAUAUUCAAAAGUACACAAAAGUGUUUGUGCAAGUUGACACAGAUAGAGAUGGGAAGCUUACUGGGGAACAGGCACGCAACCUUUUCUUAAGCUGGAGGCUACCAAGAGAGGUGUUAAAAAAAGUUUGGGAUUUAUCCGACCAAGAUAAUGACAGCAUGCUUUCUUUGAGGGAGUUCUGCACUGCUCUCUAUUUGAUGGAGCGUUAUAGAGAAAAUCGUCCUCUUCCUUCAACACUUCCAACCACUAUCAUGUCCGAUGAGACUCUGUUGUCUGCCACAAGUCACCCUGCAACUUCAUAUGGCAGUGGAACUUGGGGACCUGCUUCUGGUUUGCAACAACAACAAGUUGUGACAGUUGCACGGCCAUCACCUGCUGCUGCUAGGCCACCAAGGCCACCUGCUGCUCCUCAUGCUGAUGAAAAACAUCCCACGCAACAAAAGCCCAAUGUUCUUGUGCUUGAAAAACAUCUCACGAAUCAACUCAACCAAGAGGAGCAGGAUGCUCUCAACUCAAAGUUCCAAGAGGCAUCUCAGGCCAAUAAAAAGGUAGAAGAACUAGAAAAGGAAAUAUUAGAUUCUAGACAAAAGAUUGAGUUUUAUCAUGUCAAGAUGCAGGAACUUAUUUUAUAUAAAAGUCGAUGUGACAAUCGACUUAACGAGGUCACAGCAAGGGUAUCUACUGAUAAGCAUGAGGUUGAGACAUUAGGAAAGAAGUAUGAAGAGAAAUACAAGCAGACUGGAGAUGUUGCCUCCAAACUAACCAUUGAAGAGGCUACAUUUCAUGAUAUUCAGGAGAAAAAAAUGGAUUUAUAUCGGUCAAUUGUUAAAAUGGAAGAAGGGGGAGCUGCUGAUGGCGUGGUGAAGGAGCAUGCUGAGAAUAUCCAAUCGAGUCUUGAGGAACUAGUAAAAACUGUGAAUGAACGCUGUAAACUAUAUGGAUUGCGUUCUAAACCAAUCUCACUGGUGGAACUUCCAUUUGGCUGGCAACCUGGAAUCCAGGAAGCUGCAGCUGAUUGGGAUGAAGGUUGGGACAAGUUUGACAACGAAGGAUUCACAUUUGUCAAAGAGCUCACCUUGGAUGUACGAAAUGUUGUAGCUUCUCCAAAACAAAAAACUUCAGUUCCAAAAGAAACAACUUCCACAGAUAAGGAUUCAGGUGCAAAGUCAGAAAAGGUUUCAAGGCCAAGCAAAUCAAAUUCUGAGAAAGAUUUGUUGGAUCAUCAACAUGAGAAUGGCACUCUAAAAUGUCCUCCUGACAGUCCUGUCAGAAGGAGUACAACAGAGAGCCACCAAUCCAGUGAAUUCCGAGACUCCCCAUUUAAAGAAAGUGGUGCAGAGAAUUCACCCCAUGCUAGAGAGAUCCAAACUGAUGUGGGUGGUACUGAAUCUGUGCAUUCUGGUGACAUAAUUGUUGAAACUGGCUGGGGUACAUUUGAUGACACACAUUAUGAUACAGAAUCAGCCUGGGGCUUCGAUUCUGUCAGUGGCAAGGACAUGGAUUUCAGCAUUGGUGAAUUUGGUUUAAAUCCAAUAAAAACAGGGUCCUCACAUGGAGAUAACAUGUUCCCAGGGAAGGGCCAGUUUAUGUUUGAUUCUAUUCCAAGCACCCUGGCUCAUAACCAGGGGAACAGCUCGUAUGCUUUUGCAGAUUCUGUUCCAAGCACCCCUGCAUAUAACCCACAGAAUGCGUUUGCAGAUUCUGUUCCAAGUACCCCUGCCUAUAACACAGGAAAGAGUCCAUUUUCAUUUGCAGAUUCUAUCCCAAGCACCCCAGCAUACAAUUUCGGGAACUCUCCACGAAGGUUUAGUGAAGGUUCAGAGGACCACCCUUUUGACAGCUUCUCUAGGUUUGAUUCAUUUAACAUGCAUGAUGGUGGAUUAUUUCAAUCUCCUCGCCAUUCUCUUUCAAGAUUUGAUUCCAUGCAGAGCACUAAGGACUCGGAUCAAAGUUAUGGAUUCCCAUCAAGGUUUGAUUCCUUUAGAGAAUUUGGAGACUCUAAUCGAAGUCAUGGGUUUUCAAGGUUUGACUCAUUCAGAGAGUCUGAUCAGAAUCAUGGGUUCUCGAGGUUUGAUUCCUUCAAAGAGUCUGAUCCUGGUCAUGGGUUCUCAUCAAGUUUCAGUUCAUUUGGAGAAUCUAGAGAUACUGAUCAUAGUCAUGGAUUCUCAAAGAUGGAUUCAUUUAAUGCCCAUGACAGUGGGUUCUUCCAAGCAUCUGACAAUUCCGUAGCAAGGUUUGAUUCUGUUCGUGGCUCUAAAGACUUUGAUAAUAGCCAUGGGUUCCCAUCAUUUGAUGAUACGGAUCCAUUUGGCUCAAGUGGACCAUUUAGGACAUCACUAGAGAGCGAAACUCCGAAGGGAAGUUCUGAUAACUGGCGAGCGUUUUAGCUUCUGUUUGAAGCUUUCGUGAGAUUUCUUCCUGUAGUUGUGGCGGCACAUUUCUUCUGUUGGUAUAUACUAUGUGAUGAUGAAUGAGUGGUUGUGCCUUGUGGUUCUAGCCCUUGUUUGAUUUUGCAGAUCCGAUUUGUUUUCUGAAUUUCCAAUAUUCAAUCACUCUCGCGACUGUUUCUUUUGGUGGCGUAAUUUUUUCGAUUAGGAUUAGAUAAAUGUAUGUAAUUUUUUCGAUUAGGAUUAGAUGAAUGUAUGUAAUUUUUUUUUUAGAAAAAGGUAUACUGUCACUCAAUGGUUGUGAUCUGGAAGUCAAAUUUGUAUUCUUCAUUUAUCAAGGACUCCAUUGCCAAAUGGUUUUUCUCGUUUGGUAUUGUGAUUUA